AUGGAGUCAUCCUUCGAGUUCUCCAACUCGCUCAGCAGCGUGUCUUCAGUCUCCGUGCGUUGUCGGACGUUUAAAAUCAUUGUGAUCGGAGAUUCCGGGGUGGGGAAGACCUGUCUCACCCACCGCCUCUGUGGAGGGGAGUUCCCCACCAGAGCCGAGGCCACCAUCGGCGUGGAUUUCCGAGAGAGAUUGGUGGAGAUCGAGGGAGAAUGUAUUAAGCUUCAGCUGUGGGACACGGCAGGACAGGAGCGAUUCCGCAAGUCCAUGGUGCAGCACUACUACCGUGACAUUCACUCUGUCCUCUUCGUCUACGACGUCACCUGCCCCGCCAGUUUCAUCAGCCUGCCUGCCUGGAUAGAAGAGUGUAGGCAGAAUUCCUUGGGCCAGGACGUCCCCAGGUACCUUGUGGGUAAUAAGAGCGACCUGCGGGAUCCAUGUGCUGUUAAGGCUGACCACCAGGUGAGCUGGGAGCAAGCCGUGAGGCUUGCUGAGGCACACGGCAUGAUGCUGUUUGAAACCUCCGCUAAGUGCCCCCCUGACAGUGGGGCAAGCAGAGCAGAGGAAGGGGCACGCAGAAGGGGGUGGAGAGACGUGGCCAUGUCGUAUCGCCAGGAUAAGGUGGAGGCUAUCGUCAUGGCUCUGGCUACAAGGCUGAAGAGGCAGAGGAAACCCACGCCACUGCUGAUCUCUAAGGGAUCCAGUGGCUCUUUUAAAGUACCCGCCAAGAAGAAGCCGGACAAAAACUUUUGGGGUUGCUCCUGCUGAAAAUGGAGCGCUAGGACAUGCCCCCCCCCUUUCUGAUCAAAAACUGUGAUGAAUUAACUCUGUGAGUAUGAGAGAGGGAGAGACUGAGAACAUGCAAAUGUUUGGUUAAUGUAAACAUAUUUUGUAUAUUACAUGUUAAUUUUGACCAAAGAAGACCAUUUGUAC